CUUUUCUGUUCACCUUCAAAUGGGCCAAUACUGGAAUCUCGUAUGCAUGGAUAAGCAGCAGGCUACCGGCCAUUUGGGCAAGAUGGGAGAGCUGCUAUUUAGGCGCACUCCUGACAAGUUAGUUGAUAUUUUAACCACUGGUGUCUUUCAGAGGCUUACUCCUUUGUUGCUACAGGCAAGUGGGCAAGCAGGGAAAUCAUCAAUGGAAGGCAUGCUGCCAGAGAUUCAGCUCCGUAUUUGCUCGUUCCUCGGAUCGAUGGAUGACUUGUUGUGUCUUGCCUUGUCAUCCCGCCGUUUUCUUGAUGCCGUACAGCAGAGUAUACUGAUACUGGAGGAAGCGGUAGUAGCACCAUGGGCCGGCAAGCGCAUCAUCUGUAUAGGCGAUUACGCGGAUGAUCUUCCUGAGGAUUUCUUGACUGAUCGCGAAAAAGCCAUGAUACCAAACAAUCUCUUGUAUCGGUAUGCAGACCGAUUCACUCGCCCGCCACUUACCAGUGAAACGAAUGUUGGAUACUGCCUACGCGCAUACAUGUAUUUGAUGGGGUCGAACUUGAGCGCGGGGAUGAAAAAAGAAUUGAAAUCCAUGUGCUUUACGCCGCUUAUCGACCCUGUGCUGCGAAACCUGACAACAAAGGAGUAUGUCCGCAGUACCGCAGUCCCGAGUGACAUCAAUUUCGGACAUAUACUGCUUCUGAAUAUCUGCUGGACGUCUGAUCCAUCCAUGUCCCUGGGGUACAGAGGUGAUGAGGAUUUUCAUCGGGGAGCAUGGGCCGGCCAUCGGUUUGACAUAGUAUCGCCCGAAUGGGUCGACAGCACCUGGAAGGACGUCAGCGACGCUGUAGUGCCUAAGGUUGCUGCAAUUUUUCGCGCAGGAUAGCAUGCGACACACGUGCCACUGGGUCGCCGCCUGCUACUCUGCCUGUAGUUUGGCUGCCCAAAGCCUCUUUUAGCUUGCGCUGACUAGUGAAUUAGGGCAUUUUAC